AGCCUGCACGUCCGGAGCCUGCGCUCCGCAACGGGAGAGGCCACAACAGUGAGAGGCCCGCGUACCAAAAAAAAAAAAAAAAAAAAAAUUGACUAGCAGGUAUCUGGAUAUACAAGUGUGGAGCACUACUCAACGAUACACAGAAACAAACUACUGAUACCACAACUAUGGAUAAAUGAAUCUCAAACAUUCUGCCCAGCGAAAGAGGGCAGACCAAAAGACCCUGUAUGAUUCUACUUAUAUGAACUUCUAGGACAGUCUACUAAGCUACAGUGUCAGAAAACAGGUAAGUGUCUGAUGCCAAGUAGACAGUAAGGGGAGGAUAUGCACUGCAAAGGGAAACGAGAAAAUUUGGGGGCGUAACAGAAAUUGUGACUUGGCUGUGGUGAUGGCCACAUGGUGUAUACAUCUGUCAAAAUUCAAAUUAUACACUUUAAACUGGUACAUUUUUGUAUAUGAAUUAUUGCUCAAUAAAGCUGGUAUUUUAAAAAGAAAAAAAAACUGAUUCUUGCACAGCAGAAGCUCCAAUCAGGGUUGCAGAAAGAUAAAUCCAGUUCCUCCAGCACCAUUUUUGGAAAAGACUAUCCUUUCCCUUGACACCUUGGUUGAAAAUCAGUGAACUUUAUAUGCAGGUGAGAAGUUUCCAGGAUGCGAAUGAUGGAUAUGAAUGCAAUGAGAGAGAUUCCUGGUUAUUUCUGUCUCCCAAACAGAGGUGUUACUUGAGGGCGGUGGUCAGCUGAAAAGCUUCCUCCUCUUCACUACCCCCCACCCAAACAAACAUUUAAGGGCAUCACUGUGCUGUGUGAACUGCUGUUUGUGAAAUGACGCCCUUGUAAGGUCACUCGCAGUGCCCGUGGUGUAUUCCACCCCUUCCUAGCCUUGGGAGAAGUCAUCCUUCUGGAAACAGGGCUCUUCCUCUCCGAGGACCACAGCCCUGAGGGUCAGGCCCUCUGGGCCUGGCAAGAGGCCCACACUUAGAGGGUAGGGAAAGGACACGAAGAAAGACGAUGAGCACGAAGGGCCGACAAGGCUGCGCUUCCUACCUGGUAGCAAAGCAUCUCCACGCUGGGCGCUGGGCGGGCUCCGGCAGCAGACCUCAGUCAGUCCCUAUUGGUCAGGACCGUGGUUCUCACGGUGCGGUCCUGGCCCACCGGCGUCCGCCUCACCUGGCACCUGUUAGAAAUGCUAAUUCUCUGGGUCACACCCAGACCUCCCCGUGGGAAACGAUGGAGGUGGGUGAGGCCUAGCGCUUUGUGUUUUAACGAGCUCUCCAGGUGCUUCUGAGGAGCGAAGAGGAGGAAAGAGUGGAAGAACGGAAUGGGGCUGAUGAGACAUCUCCCGUUGCCCCUUCCCAGGCUUCAUAACCGCCCGCUGUGGGCGGCCGGCCCUCAGGUGAGGCCAGGAUGAGGCCGGAGGGAGGGAGCCCAAGAGGGAAGCGAUCCGAGGAGGAGCCUAUGGCGUGAGCCUUGCACGCGGAGUAGCGACGCUGCUCGGCCCCCGCCCCGCAUCAUGAAUCGCAGCCGUGCUAGCAGCACCUCCGAAAAGGCGACACUGGCCUUGCUCUGGGGCUGUGAGCUGAGCCAGGAGAAGCCGACUUGGACCUUCAGACCCCAGAAGGUGGGGAAGCAGAACUGUAUGCUGCUGCUUAGUACGAUUUGCCUGGGGGAGAAAGCCAAAGAGGAGAUGAACCUCGUGGAGAUCCUGCCCCCAGCAAGCCAGGACGACAGAAGGAGGAAGCCCAUCACCCUGGCCUCUCUUCGGGCCUCCGUCCUCCCCAUGGUUGUCCUGGCGGGAUUGGAGCUUUCUCCUCCUGUCACGUUCCAGCUCCGGGCUGGCUCUGGACCCGUGUUCCUCUGUGGCCAGGAAUGUUAUGACCAAUCCUGGGAGGAAGAGGAGGGGGAGGAGGAGGAAGAAGAGGAGGAGGAAGAAGAGGAGGAAGAGGAAGAAGAUGAUGACGACGAAGACACAGAUGUGUCCCUGGAGAAGGAGACCCCUGUCAAACAAGUCAAGAGGCUGGCGCCCCAGAAGCACACAAGCAUUGCCAAGAAAAAAAAGGUGGAAAAAGAGGAGGUGGCAGUGAGAUUCCAUCCUAAAGACAGGAGCCCUGUGGGAAAGGUGAGUGCUGAUAAGAAGGGGCUGGUCCUCCUGGGGGAGGAGGGAUGUUCUCUGGGAAGGUGCCAGGAUGGGGAGAGGGUGGGACACUGGAGCAACGCCUUCUCCCACAGGCCAAAACCACACCCAGACCUAAAAAGCCAGGAUUUAAGAAAUGAGGAGCCAGGAGUGGCCUGGCCACAGUGACCGAGGGAGGGCCCGUGAGACCACCGUGCUGAGUCUGAAUGUGAUGGACGUGUUGGGGGCGACACAAGAGCUCCUCACCCCAACUCUCGGUUGCAGCAGGCCCUGGAGGGAAGAGCCCCGACCUCUCAGACCCACAAUAAAGUUUGCUUUGCUAGGA